CCACGAGGACGAAGCAAGAGCAACGAAUCGAGAAAUCAGAUCGGAAACCUUCCAGAGAGAAGAGAACUUUCCCGAUGGCCACUCCCCAACUCUUCUCCUCCUUCAAAUACUCCGACAGCCUCACCGUCGUCGGAAUCUCCUUCUGCACUGCCGUCGUCUGCGAGGCCAUCUCCUGGAUCCUCAUCUACCGCACCAACUCCUACAAGUCCCUCAAGUCCUCCAUCGACAAGGCCGCGAAGAAGCUCGAGACCAUGAAAACAGAUCAAAACCCUAACAAAAUCAACGUCAAGAAAUCGAAAACCAAGAAAAUCGAUCGAGUCGAGACUAGUCUGAAAGAAUCCAGCAGAGAUUUGUCUCUGUUCAAGUUCAAGUCCGGCGCCGUCGUGGCGCUUGUUCUUAUAGUGGUUUUUGGAUUGUUGAACUCGCUCUUUGAGGGGAAGGUUGUGGCGAAGUUGCCGUUUAAGCCUGUGGGGAUCGUGAUGAAGAUGAGUCAUAGAGGGUUGCAGGGGGAUGAUUCGACUGAUUGUUCCAUGGUGUUUUUGUACUUCUUGUGUUCGAUUAGUAUAAGGACUAAUUUACAGAAGUUUUUGGGGUUUUCGCCGCCGAGGGGAGCUGCCGGUGCUGGAUUGUUCCCGAUGCCGGAUCCCAAGACCAGUUGAUUUGCUAGUUUGAUCCCCUGAGGCUGUGGUUGAUCUUCGGGAGGAGUUUUAAGGAGUUGGGUAUGUGACAGAUUUUAGUUUUGUUUUUAUAAAAGGCAGUGUAUCUGUUAUUUGAUAUUUGAUGCCUUGAAAUGGGUAGCAUCUGAAUUUGUUUCUUGGUUUUUUUCUCUUUUUUUUACUGAAUUGGUGAUAUUGAUUCUAUGUUUGGUUGAUUUUAGUGUUAGCCAUCAGAAUGAUUUGGUUUCUGUCAAUGUUACGUAGAAUAAGAUUGUAGGAAUUGAAUCCUCUGCAUCUGAGAUUAAUGAGUUUUCUAUGAAUGGUGAACGCUAUGGAGCAUUAAUUUUAGCUGAUUAAAUGGAUUGAUUAUGA